AUGCAGGAGGAUUUCGAUUACGAUGCAUAUACUUAUGAAGCUCCUAAGCGGGCUCGCUGGUACACCCGCCUGCUGCCAGCGUGCCUGAGGCGUGGAUGCCUGUCUAAUAAAAGGCAGGCAUUUCCCCUCUACUUAAUCGGGUACGACCCUGUGGGGCAACUGCAAAGGGCGGCCAGCGUGGGUGAUGUGGCUUCAGUGGAGAGAUUCAUCAACUUCCAUGGAUGCCAUGUGAAUGAAUAUGACAGGAGGGACAGAACGUCCCUACAUUAUGCCUGUGCCCACAAUCACCCAGAUGUCGUAAGAUUGUUGUUAUCCUACAGAGCCAAUAUUAAUAUCCCUGAUGAUGAAGGCUGUACCCCCUUGAUUAAGGGAGCUGAUCCACAUGUGAAUGAUCUCAGUGGGAAUACAGCCCUGCACCAUGCUGUUUGCAGGGGUAACACAACAAUUGUCAGCAAACUUCUUGAAUACAAUGUAGAUAUUGAAGGCAAAACAGAGGUUGAAAAGAAGAAGGCAGAACAUUUUCCAAAAAUUGCUGAUGAUCAUGAUAUUGCUGUGCCCCAGCCUACUGCCCACAUCGUGCCAACAUCUUCUUCCGGCACUGGUGAUAGUGUUGAAAUUGUGGCACCUAAAAAACAGGACUUGGGCGCAGCUUGUGACACUGCCCGUGUUCUCCAGCUUCCUUUAGGUGAUGCUCUGGAUGCUAUACAGGAUGCUGACAUAAUUUUGGAUGCUGAAAAUCUAGCUGACUACACCCACUAUACAAUUGCAGCUGAAGAUGAUUAG